AAUAAUAAUAACAAUAACAAUAAUAAUAAUAACAACAAUAAUAAUAAUAAUAAUAAUAAUAAUAAUAAUAAUAAUAAUAAUAAUAACAACAAUAAUAAUAAUAAUAAUAAUAAUAAUAAUAAUAAUAAUAAUAAUAAUAAUGAUAAUAAUAAUAAUAAUAAUAAUAAUAAUAAUAAUAAUAAUAAUAAUAAUAAUAAUAAUAAUAAUAAUAAUAAUAAUAAUAAUAAUAAUAAUAAUAAUAAUAAUAAUAAUAAUAAUAAUACUAAUAAUAAUAAUAAUAAUAUUAAUAAUAAUAAUAUUAAUAAUAAUAAUAAUAAUAAUAAUAAAAAUAAGAAGAAUAGUAGUAAGAAGAAUAAUAAUAAUAAUAAUAAUAAUAAUAAUAACAAUAAUAACAAUAAUAAUAAUAAUGAUAACAAUAAUAAUAAUAAUAAUAAUAAUAAUAAUAAUAAUAAUAAUAAUAAUAAUAAUAAUAAUAAUAAUAAUAAUAAUAAUAAUAACAAUAAUAAUAAUAAUAAUAAUAAUAAUAAUAAUAAUAAUAAUAAUAAUAAUAAUAAUAAUAAUAAUAAUAAUAAUAAUAAUAAUAAUAAUAAUAAUAAUAAUAAUAAUAAUAAUAAUACCAACUAACAUAAUAAUAAUAAUAAUAAUAAUAACAAUAUCAAUAAUAAUAACAAUAAUAAUAAUAAUAAUAAUAAUAAUAAUAAUAAUAAUAAUAAUAAUAAUAAUAAUAAUAAUAAUAAUAAUAAUAAUAAUAAUAAUAAUAAUAAUAAUAAUAAUAAUAAUAAUAAUAAUAAUAAUAAUAAUAAUAAUAAUAAUAAUAAUAAUAAUAAUAAUACAAUACAUAAUAAUAAUAAUAAUAAUAAUAAUAAUAAUAAUAAUAAUAAUAAUAAUAAUAAUAAUAAUAAUAAUAAUAAUAACAAUAAUAAUAAUAAUAAUAAUAAUAAUAAUAAUAAUAAUAAUAAUAAUAAUAAUAAUAAUAAUAAUAAUAAUAAUAAUAAUAAUAAUAAUAAUAAUAAUAAUAAUAAUAAUAAUAAUAAUAAUAAUAAUAACAAUAAUAAUAAUAAUAAUAAUAAUAAUAAUCAUAAUAAUAAUAAUAAUAAUAAUAAUAAUAAUAAUAAUAAUAAUAAUAAUAAUAAUAAUAAUAAUAAUAAUAAUGUAAUAAACAACAAUAAUAACAAUAACAAUAAUAAUAAUAAUAAUAACAAUAAUAAUAAUGAACACAAUAAUAACAACAACAACAACAACAACACAAAUAAUAAUAAUAAUAAUAAUAAUAAUAAUAAUAAUAAUAAUAAUAAUAAUAAUAAUAAUAAUAAUAGUAAUAAUAAUAAUAAAAAUAAUAAUAAUAAUAAUAAUAAUAAUAAUAAUAAUAAUAAUAAUAAUAAUAAUAACAAUAAUAACACAAUAAUAACAAUACGCAAUAAUAACAAUAAUAAUAAUAAUAAUAAUAAUAAUAAUAAUAAUAAUAAUAAU